AGGAAUUGAGGUCUAAACGUUCCUGCCAGGCCAGUUAUGAGCAAAAUUCCUGGCUCACAUUUUUAAACCCCAGUUUAAUAUAAUUUAUGUUACUAAAAAAUCAUUGACAUUCAACAAAACAACGCUAUACCAAAAUAGCACGAUAGUUAUUCGACAUGAAUGUUUUCUUGUUAAUGCAUAUUUUAAAUUUUUUUAAAUUUCCAGAUGUUGAAUGAGCAUCAAGAAGCUUCGGUUUGAUUUAUCAAUGAAAGAACCUAUUAUUUUUGAAAAUAUUAAAAAGUUUUUUAAAAGUGGAGAUGGAACAAUCUUUAACCACCCAGACUAUAUAUCAGGGGAUCAGAAUUUUGAAUUUAUUCAAAAUACAUGUAAAUUAUUAAUCAUUGGAGCUGGUGGUUUAGGAUGUGAAAUUUUGAAAAAUUUAUGUUUGCUAGGGUUUACAAAUAUUGAUAUAAUUGAUAUGGACACAAUAGAAUUAUCUAACCUCAAUAGACAAUUUUUAUUUAGAGAAAAGGAUAUUGGUGAAUCUAAAGCAAAGGUUGCUGCUAAUUUUAUUAAAAAUUGUAAACCUUGGUGUAAUGUUACCCCUUACUUUAAUAAAAUACAAGAUUUUGAUACAAAAUUUUAUAAAAAAUAUCAUAUUAUAAUAUGUGGCUUAGAUUCCAUAAUAGCACGUAGAUGGAUUAACAGUAUGAUACUUAAUUUGUUAGAAUAUGAUAAUGAUAAGUUAGAGUUAUCCACAAUUAUCCCUUUAAUAGAUGGGGGAACUGAAGGCUUUAAGGGUAAUGUUAGAGUUAUAUUACCCAGUAUAACAGCUUGUAUUGAUUGCACUCUAGAUCUCUAUCCACCUCAAGUUAACUUCCCACUUUGUACUAUUGCAAACAGACCACGAUUGCCAGAACAUUGUAUUGAAUAUGUAAGAAUUAUACAAUGGGAAAAGGAGAAUCCAUUUGGGGAAAAUGUAGGUAUAGAUGGGGAUAAUCCAGAACAUAUAAAAUGGAUUUAUUUAAAUAGCCUCGAACGUGGACAUCAUUACAAUAUUAAAGGAAUCACUUUAUCUAUGACACAGGGUGUAGUUAAAAGACUUGUCCCAGCGGUCGCCUCAACAAAUGCAGUUAUUGCGGCAUCUUGCGCAAAUGAAGCUCUCAAAAUAGCUACUAGUUGCUAUCCACCUAUAAAUAAUUUUCUAUUCAAUGACACAGAUGGAAUUUAUUGCUACACAUAUUUAACUGAGAAGAAGGAAGAUUGUAUAGCUUGUAGUCACACUGUCAAAGUGUUAAAAUCUAGAUCAACUGAGAAGUUGGAGGAAUUAUUGAAUCAUCUAAAAGAAGAUCCCUCGCUUCAAAUGAAAAAUCCAUCUAUUUUCUCGCUUAUAAAUGGCAAGCAGAAAACUCUUUACAUGGAAGGCGUCAAAGAUUUAGAGGAGAAAACAAAAUCGAAUUUGAGCAAAACUUUAAAAGAAUUGGGCUUAUACGACAAUGCCAUAAUUGAAGUGAUCGACAUAACAUCUCCCAAAAAUUAUACAUUUUACCUUAAAUUUUGUGAUAAAACGAAUACAUGAAUACUUAUAAUAAAUUUGUUGGCUUAUUUACCAGUUAUUUGCAUAUAUAAUUUAUCGUAUUAUGUUAUAAAAAACACCGGGACACAAAAAAUAACCCCAAUUUUACGAAAAUCUUAAAAUAGAUUUUUGAGAUAAAUUAAAUAAAUCAAGGUAUUUAUUUGGCCAGCUGUCUCUUGUUCCGAAUUUAUUAUUUAUAAGUCUUCUAUAAAUUUUAUUAUAAUAUAGGAUUUAUUUUUUAAAAUGUUAAUAUUUGACCAGUUUUUUUUAGUCACAUACAUUAUAUAAUUAUUAUAUAGUUGAUAAAUAAAUAAAAAAUACAUCUGAUUAAUUUAAAUAUAUAUAUUUAUAAUCGCGUUCUCUUAUAUUA